AUGAUGGACUAUAGGACAGGACUGCUGAUUCUAACUAUCUGCUGGACAGGUGUCGAUGGUCAGACUCUGUCAGAAUCUGAACCAGCAGUUAAAAAGCCUGGAGAAUCCCACAAACUGACCUGUACAUAUACAGGAAUAUCAGAUGAUAAUGCUCAUGUCGGCUGGAUCAGACAAGCUGAAGGGAAAGCACUGGAGUGGGUUGCCUACAUUUCUGCUCCCAGUGGAAGCAAUAAAGCUUAUUCCACAUCAGUCCAGAAUCGCUUCACCAUUUCCAGAGACAACAAUGUGGACCAGGUGUAUCUGCAGAUGAACAGCUUGAAGACUGAAGACUCUGCUGUUUAUUAUUGUGCUCGAGAGCAUUUCGACUACUGGGGUCGUGGGACUGAUGUCACAGUAACUUCAGCAACAACUGUAUCACCAACUCUGUUCCCUUUGGUUCAAUGUGCCUCUGAGAGUAACAAUAAAGUUACUCUUGGCUGCCUUGCACAGGACUUCUUCCCAAAGAGUCUUCAGUUCCAGUGGGCUGGUGGCACGAAAACACCGGACUCUGUACAAUAUAUUUUAGGUCAAAACAACAAAUAUACAGGAGUCAGUGUGGUCCAAGUAUCAAGAUCUGAUGCAGAUUCGUUGCCUUAUAAUUGUUCCAUCACUCAUCUUGGAGGCUCCAAGUCUGUCCAAGUGAAAUAUGAAUUCCCAUCUCCUCCAACGGUGACUUUGCUAUCGAUGCCAAGUGGAGACACUCAGGCCCUGGUGUGUACGAUUGAGGAGUUUUAUCCAGAAAAAUUGUCAGUCAAAUGGAAAAAGAAUGAAAACGAUGUAUCCGACUCCACUGAUUGGGUCCCCCAAAAAAAUGGAAAUGUAUAUUCAGCUGUCAGUGUCCUGAAGGUCAAGAACACAGAUUGGGAAAAGGAAGCUGUUUACACCUGUGAGGUGGUUCACCAAGGAAAAACAUAUAAGCAGAAGGCCUCAAAAGCUCCGGUCACAAUGACACUGAACCCUCCAAAUCCUAAAAAGAUUUUCAACAACAACCAGGCAGAGUUGGAGUGUAUCAUCACUGGACAAGACAACACCAUUGUAUCUGAAACUAUAAUCACUUGGCACAUUAAUGGAGAAAAUGUGACCAGUUUCAUUACUGGACCGCCAACGUCUGCAGGCAGUCAGCACAGCAAAACCAGCACACUGACUCGUACUUUAAGUGAAUGGCAGCAAGUUAACACCGUGCGCUGUUCUGCCAACAGAGAAUACAUGACACCAGUAAUUCAAGAUCUGACUGUCCACAAAGGAGUUGGGAAUCCAACAGUGACGGUCCAUGUUCUCCCAGAGGAGGACAUCAAAGAAAACUCAGAUGUCAGUCUGGUGUGUCUGGUCUCCAGUUCUGUGCUGCAGGAUUAUUACAUAGCCUGGUCAGAUGAUGUUGGACAAAAAACUGGUAACUACAAAGACGGCAUCACUUCCCCACCUCAGAAGACUGACAAUGGCUACUCUGUUACAAGUGUUUACAACAUUAAAAAGGACACGUGGAAGCAGUCUGUUGUCAACUGCAACGUCUGGCUUGCUGCCAGCAACCAGAUCAUGAAAUCACGAGGAGUGUCUAAAGCCAUGGGUAACUCCAUUGAAUGUGACAAAUAGUAGAUUCACCUUUAAAUGUGGUAUUACGUGCUAAUGUGUCGCUCUGUCUCUGAAUGUAUUUUGACAGUAAACAUGUCUGUUUAGUUUUGUUCGUCAUCAUGUUGUGUUUCAGUCUGUCUUUGUCAUAUUGUCAAACAGCUUGAGAAGUGUGCUGAUUGUUUCAAAUAAAUGUUGCAUAGAGA